AUGGGGUCAGAUUAUGAAAGCAAAGUAUAUAAAGAAUGGGAAUUUCUGGGAGGUAAAGAAAAACGAUGGCUGCUCAGCUACAUGGAGUGCAAUGUUGAAACGAAGAAACCAGAGAAGAGGGAGAAUGUAGACUAUCAGGUCAAGAAGGUGAAGGAUCUUAUUAUACAAGGAGAAUGGAAAUGGGAUGAAAUCAAGCUGCAACAGCUCUUCACCCCAACUGAAGUGACCAAGAUUAAGGAGAUCCAUAUACCUGUCGAGCCAGAAGAAAGUAGAAAUAACAAACUGAUCAAUGAGUUCCCAUGGAAGAAAUUCUGGAGAGUGAGAAAUAUUCCUCCAAGAAUCCAAAUUUUUGUUUGGCGAAUGCUCCAAAAUGGACUUCCUGUAGCCAGAAACAUUAAGAAACACAUCCAUGGCAUAAAUGAUGACUGCAGGUUGUGUGAUAGGAAGGUGGAAUGUAUGGAACAUCUGUUUUUAUAUUGUCAGGUGACACAAGCAGUCUUUUUUGCUUCUCCACUGAGUCUCAGAAUUGGUGAAUGCCCAAAUCAGUCGGUGCAAGACAUAAUUCUGCAGUGGAUGGAAGAAGGAGGUGAUCAUUCUAAACUAAAGAUGGGAAUAUGUGUGUUCUGGGAAAUAUGGAAAGCCAGAAAUGAGGUUGUCUUCAACAAGAAGAAAUUCAGUGUACAGAAAGUGAUCCAAGAGGCCCUGUAUUGGUAUAAUAUGAAAAUGGAAGUUGUGCCUACUGAUGUGCAGCUAACUGAAGAUGAUCUAAUGGGAGCUGAGAAGGAUUACUGGGAACCACCAGAAGGCGAGAAAAUCAAGAUUGACUUUGAUGGAGCUGCAGGAUCAAAAGGUUUUGCUUGUGGUGUAAUAGCCAGAGAUAAAGGGGCUAAAGUACUGGGAUGCCAAAACAAAAUAAUAGAUUAUUGCACUGCAGAUGAAACUGAAGCGUUUAGUGCUCUAUUGGCAGUGGAGCUGGGGUUCAGCAAAGGCUUCAGAAACAUCAUUCUGGAAGGCGACUCUUUACAUGUCAUAAAUGCUCUGAAGCAUAAGCAUUACACUGCAAACUGGAAGAUCAAGAACACAAUCAGCGGAACCAGGGAUGAGCUGAAAAAUUUCAAGUCUGUGGAAUUCAGGUACAUCAGAAAGAAUGCCAAUAAUGUGGCACACAAUCUAGCAGCACUAGCUGUUUCUAACCGCUCUUCAAAUGUGUGGCUAUCUACUCCUCCUCUAGAUAUUGUUCAUCUCAUUGAGAAUGAGCAAUUUGUUGUUAGUUAG